AUGUAUCUCAACGAGAGAUUGGCCGACGUUUAUUUCGAAUUCAAAGUCGAUGACGAAACUCAAAAGGUUCCAGCAAACAAAAGUGUGUUGGCAGCUCUAAGCCCGGUAUUUGAUACGAUGUUCAUCGGGUCGUUGCCAGAGAAAGGAGAUGUUUCCAUACCCGAUGCUAAUGCCGAUGCGUUCAAGGAAUUUCUUCAGUUGUUCUACCUGGGCGAGGUGACUCUGACCAUGGAAAAUAUCGAAACCGUUGUUCGUUUGGCCGACAAAUAUGACGUCGUUGAACGUGUCAACGCUUGUAUCGUGUUUCUCAAAGGCCAACUGACAUUGGAUAUAUCCAUAAUAUAUAUUAUGUGCUGGGGCUAUCAGUUAGCUGUGAAUCUCAAAAAUGCAGAAUUGAUCGAAUAUUUUGAGGAGAAAAUCAUCAAAUCGCCGAAAGAAGUCUUUGCCAGUGAAGUAUUUAAGCGCUGUGACAAAAGUAUUUUGAAGCGAAUUUUCGAGCUGGAUUUGAUUUGCAAGGAAACCGAUGUAUUUGAUGCAUGUUUGAAGUGGGCCAAAUAUGCGUGCGAACAAAACGAUUUGGAUGGAACACAAGCGGUGAAUCUGAGAACUCAACUCGGCAAUUGCUUGAAGUUAAUUCAAUUUGGCCUCAUGAAAAUUGAAGAAUUUAAUAAACGUUACCGGAAAACUUCAGGUAAAUUAGAAAUGCCCAUUAGAACUCAAGAAGUAACUUCGUUCGCAUCAAAUAAUCACCUACUGUUGGGAGAGAUUCAAGCUGCACGCACAUACAUUGGUUCAUCUGAAAUAGUCGGAACUGAGGUUGAAGUAACUAUCACCGAGUGUGGGAACCCAGCAUUCGCAUCAAUCGAGUCAUCAAAAAUUCUUUAUGAAGGCACAUCUAGUACAUGGUAUGGCGACGAUCAGCUGAAAGUGACUUUGCCACAGCCAAUUUUGAUCAAACCACAAAGAAUGUAUGAAGUUCGUUUGGUUGUUCGAUCACCCAAUGGAUACACCUAUUUCCCAGACUGUCAGCCAAUGGUGGAGAUGAAAGACGGAACUAAAAUUCAAUUGUAUAGAAAUCCAACUCUGGACUAUGAUAACCUCGCAAAUGGCUGGAUUUCCAAUUUGAUCUUCAACAAAAUUUAA